AUGUUUCGUUUUGCUCGUCUCGCACGGCGCGGCAAGAGGCGAACUGUGCCUCACACGAUUGCCUCGCUUCCGGCUCCGUCUCUGCGCGGCAGCUGGGGGAAAAUUGGUCGCAUGUCGUCGGAGGAGAGACGGGAGGUGCUGGAGGGCACAUGGAGACAGGCGAGACCCGUGCAGCUUUUGCCAGACGCCUCCGAUCGCGAUGCGGGCGGGUUUGUGGAGGGUGUGAGUUUCCGAACGGACGAGGAGGUGGAGGCGUUUCUCGCAGAGGAGAUGCGGGAGGACCGCGCUGAGCAUGACAUUCCCGCACUAGAGCUGUCACGUAGCUUUUUUGAGGAGCUGGCGCAGUCGGCAGACAGUGAGGUGGAUAUGGAGAAUGCGUUGGAGAGUACCCCCGCAUCGGACGUGGAGCGCGAGGAGGAGGAGCGCGAUGUUCAUCGUCAAUUUUUUGCUGACUUUUACGUGCAGCAGGGAAUUAUUCGGGCGGAGGAGAAGUACGAAUUUGUGGACGCCAUGCUUCGGCCCCCAGCGGUGAUGGUGAUGAUGAACGCAGGGAUGCCGUUUGUUCGUCUCAUGAUUCGAUGCCAACUGGAGCAGCACCUGCGGGCGUUGCAAGCUGGGCGGAGCGGCGUUGUUUUUGUGCCUCACCCCGUCCACCCGUUGCUUUACAUGGUGGACGCUGUGCCCACCCAACGCGUUGGGGAUCCGCUUCGCCUUCCGUACACACAGGAACGCUCUCUUCUUGCCCAGCGAGAGAUGCAAGAAACGCUGGCUUUGAAUAGCACCGACGACCGCAACGCAUCUCCGGCAUGCUCUUCAGCAGAAACACAGACGGAAAUGAGGAGCCUUGAGGUGGAUUUUAUGGAGGCACUACUAAAUGAUAGGAUCAGCACACAUGAACUACAGACGAUUCACACAGGGAAGGAUGAAAAAAAGGAAGAGGAGUGCGGCUCUGGUGAACGGUUUACUUUGGAGCAAAUUGGGGAGGAGACGGCGUUGGAUUUGCAGUCGGAGAUACCAAGAGCUCCGCUCUCAACGGGUCAUCUUUACUGGCUGCAGCGGCAGAUAGCGUCAGAUACACUUAUUGAUAUGGAUAUGCUCGGAGUGAUGCUUCCUUUAGCGUGUGGAUUGUGCCGCAAUGCGGGGAAUGGCGCUAUUAUUCUAGACAUGUCUAGUCGUUCCUUCAAUGCACAGCACUACUCCUAUGGCAAAGACAUUGCUGGUCACUUUGUAAUUUCACGCGCCGACGUGGCGGAAAAGGCGGGCGAAAAGUCUUUAGAAGCCGUUGUCAUCUCUCUUGUUUUGUCGAAAUCUUCACAGAGGAAAUCAAGACGUUACCACGACGCUCUACAACGCCCCAAGGCCACUUUGAAUGAAGUGCCUGAGGACGAGGCGACAUUGGGCGUGGGGCAGUUGUACUCUCCAGGUUACCAUGUGGGGAUUGAGAAUCGUAUAACAGGACGGGGCCCUUCACGGCGCCUGUGGGAGGCAUUGCGUGGGAAGUGUGAUGCGGUGCUUUGUUUUCCGGAUACAACUGCAGACGGGCGUAGGCCACGCACUGUUUUGGGGGCCAGCGGUGAGGACGAGGAAAAAGAGGCUGUUGCCAAUCGUUUUGUCUCUGUAUGCUCGAAAGUUAAUAAAUUCUUUCCGUACUUGCGGCAGGAACUUGCACAGGCGUUGGAGUAUGUACGAAUGCAAGGGGGCGUUGUCGUGUAUGCGACGCACAGUAUGAAUCCACUUGAAAAUGAGGCUGUCAUUUGUUCUGUUCUCACGGAGUUCAAGCGAAAAUACCCGGGACGUGAAUACCGUCCCUUUUCUCUUUUGGAGCGUACAACAGGAGAAGAAGCCGAGCUAUUGCGUUCUUUUAUGGCAAGAGGCCAUCAGGGGUUAAAAACGUGGGUCCCACUGCAGGAUGGGCCUCCAGAGCAGGAUCCGUCGUUCUGCGAUGAGGAAAUAGUGUCGAUGGUCGCUCGUUGCUCGUGGAGGGCUGCACCACUGCGUACCGACGGUGAUGUGUGCUUUUUUUGUGUGAUUCAGCUGUAUGAGAGUUUUUCCGCUUUACCGCUGCCGCCAUUGCCACCAUUGGCCAGACAGAGUGACAUCCCAGCCAUUUCCGCUUUUCCCUGGCUUGACACGGUGCGGUUACAUGACCACUGGGGCCUUCUCAUCCACCGAAGCGAAGAUAAACGUGCAUUUGUGGCGGUAACCCCAGCGGCACUUUACAUGGCGAAUGCUUUGAACUCACCACACCGUAAAAAUGGAUAUAGCGUUAUUGACUACGGGGUAUGCGUCAGUUUUGAUUCCGAGAGGCACUCAGAACAACGGGAAGGCGUCGUUGUUUCUUCCUUGAGUGGCACGCUAUUGGCGCUUGCCCUUUGUGACUCCACAAAUGAGAAUUAUCGGUCUUCCCACGUGUUGGAACUUCCUGUUGCGGCACUAUUGGAGUUGUUACAUGCCAGACAGAUUUCUUUGCGACGUGUGUCUGAGGUAUUGGGUAGUUUUCCAUCGGGAUUGGGUGCCUCAGUCCUAGCUGAAGGGGCGUCGACAGUUUUUUUGAAAGCAGCAGUACCAAAAAUAGGGAAACCGGAGGGGGAUGACAUGGAAAUACAUGAAGCCGUGACGAGCGAGUUGUGCAGGCUUGUGGUGGUGGCCCAGGCAAAAGUACAACGCUGCCCGCAUACGCAAAUGAACACGACUGUUUUGACGUUGGAGUGCGCAACGGUGCGUGAGUGUAGCGAACUGGAGGAGCGUGUGGUGGCGAUUGGGGACGCGCUGCGGUACCUGCUGCGCCGGUUGGAUUACCCCACGACGGCGUGGGGGCCUAUGAAUACGGUCGGCGACGAGGGCCCACAGAUGCGGGACGACGAGUACGAGGUGGAGGCGCCGGUUUCCUCAGCAGCUACGAAUGAUUUUGACAGCCUUCUUGGCAGUCGGGCAAGGUCGCACCACAGGCGGAAAAUGCAGCGAUUGGACAACAAGCUGCGUUCUUUGGGCGGCGGCGAAGACGGCCCGGUCAAUGACUGGGAGAGGGAUCUGAGAUACACACGCCGUAGGAAGCGUUUGGCUGUUACUCCAUCCUCUUUGCACAAGCUCUGA